GGAUGAAUCGUCCUGUCGUGGAACAGCGUUGGCUUGCACGCUUGCCUGCAUCGGGCCCUCCUGUUGUCGCUCCUGCCAAUGCUUCUUUCCAUGGCCCGCGAUGCCUUGGUUCGCUGCGUCAGUGUGACCUGCCAGCGGAUUUCCCAUAAAUUGACCUGUGCUUCUCGUCCACGGCGACACGCCCUCUUUCCUCUCCAUUGACUUUCGCGCAAAGAACCACAGAAGCCUCUGUGUACGCUUGCCUGCCUACUCUUCUCACUACUCCUCCAGCGUUCGCCAAAAGGCUUAGACUUCCAGCAGUCCUACGGUUUUCGACAACCCUAGAUUGCCUCUGUAACCACCACCCUUCGUUUUCUCCUCGAGAAGCAUAAUAACUCUCAUCCGCUUUCCAAGACAACGCUCGUGAAGAUGAAGUAUUCGAUUGCCUUCGUUGCCGGCGCUGCCCUCGUGGCCGCUCAGGACCUUUCCAGCAUCCCUCAGUGCGGUCAAAUGUGCAUCACCAACAUGCUCGGUGUCGCUGGCCAGCUAGGCUGCAGCUCCAGCAACAUCACCUGUCUCUGCGCUGAUCCGCGUUUUGGCUACGGUCUUCGUGACUGCACGAACCAGGCUUGCGGAGCUGAAGUCUACUCUGCUGUCGCUUCCUACGGCCUAUCCAUCUGCUCUGCUGCCGGUGUAACAGCUGGCGGUGCCGGCGCUGCUGCCUCCACAGGUGCCAGCGGUGUCAGCGGUUCGAGCACCCCCGUCAGCACGGAGGCUGUUGUCACGACCAUCAGCUCCGGCGGCAGCGCAGUUGCUACCUCGACCAUUGGCUCUACUACGCUGUAUUCCAUCGCCGGCGCUGCCGGUGUCCAGAGCUCACUCUCUGGCUCAGCCGCAAGCGCGUCCAGCAGCGUCGCCUCUGCUCUCAGCUCUGCCGAGUCCUCUGCCUCCAGCGCGUCUGAGUCCGCGAGUGCUCAGGCCUCCUCGGCUGCUGGAAGUGCUUCCUCAGCUGCCAGCUCCGCUUCGAGCUCUGCCAAGUCUUCGUCCUCGUCCGGCUUGGCUCCAGCCAUCACCGCUGCUCCCAUCCUCGGUGGUGCUGCUCUCGCUGCUCUCCUCAUGGUCUAAACUCAUACUGGACGUAAAGCAAGCACAAAUUCUAGUUCUUCUCAACCCUAGAACUGUCUUGUAUCAAAAAAAAACUACCUAGUAAUUACGCAGCAUUCUAGCCGAUCCUUUGCAUAAGCGGUGGCAGCUUUCUCUCAUUCAUGCCUUCUCCAGUCCUUGAACACUGGGAGGCGAUGGGACCGACUUUAAACCAACCGCCUGGUUAAUGUGACGAAGUUUGACGAUGUUCCUGUACUGCUACCGCUGCCUCCGACGUCCAUCGCAAUCGUUCGGCACGAGUCCCCCAUGGGCUCGUUACAAGAGCGUGCGCGUGGAACAACGAUACCCCAAUGAUUCAUACAAUGGCAACCUGUAAUGAUUUGGGGCAGCGGUGUGACAUUAAUACCCUAAUAUGAGAUUUUACCGUGCACUGAGCAUUGGCAGCGAAUUUCUCGGGCCAUGUGUCCCGAACUUCAUUCCUUGUACAUAGCUGUACAUCAAGCAACGAUUUCCAAAAAAUGCCUUUCAGCUUCUGAA